ACCAUUGAGUAAUCACGAACCAUGACUAUCAGAACGAUUUGUUUGUAACAGAACACACGCAAGUAUUUCUACAAAAAUGUCGUACGUAUUUAGCGCCCGACAUAUGCCUACAGCCGGUGGAAGCCAGUCUAAACCGAUAGUAUUUGUGAUUGGAAGCAGUGGGAAUGUCGGCAAAGCCACGAUAAAUGCACUCUCUAUUAAUUUCGGACGAAAGUUAGACAUCCGAGCUGGUGUGAGACGACCAGAGUCUGUUUCAGAUUUCAAGCAUCUCACUGGAGUUACCGUUGUAAAAGCCGAGAUGGGUCAGUGCGAAGCGCUUUUGGGAUUAUUCAAAGGGGUUAAGGCUUUGUUGAUUGUGACACCAGGCACAGGAAAUCGCGCGGAGUUGGUUGGAAAAACCGCAGAGGCAGCCAAAAGCGCUGGGGUGGAUUAUAUUGUCGUUAUCAGCGGUACGACAGCCGAAAAACCGGACACGAUUUUGGGAAAACAGCUAUGCGAAGUCGAACAGGCUGUUACAAGCCUCGAAGUGCCUUUCGUUAUCUUACGUUUACCGUGGUUUAUGGAAAGUUAUUUCAAAUAUAAGGACAGCAUAAAAGCAGACUUAAUGUUUCACGCCCCUGUCGACGGCGGGAAAGAGUUUCAAGUCGUAUGCAUGGACGAUGCGGGCUCGGCAGCCGCCGUCGUUUUGGCCUCGCCCGAGAAGCACGCUGGAAAGAUCUACACGCUCGUCAGCGAUCGGAACACCUUCGAGCAAGUGUCGGCGGCUCUGACGCGUGCGCUGAGCAGGGAGAUUACAUACGUGAGAAUGUCCUACGAGGAAACAAGACAAAGUCUGCAAAAUGCUGGUGUACCGGAGCUGUUUAUCGAAGGGCUGUUGGAGUUUUAUCAGACAAUCGAUUCUGGGGAGGCUCAAGCGUUCGGAGGGGAUGAGCAUUUUAAGGAAAUUACCGGAAAGAAUCCAACCAAAUUACUCACGUGGAUGAACCGUUUUGCAAGCGCGUUCAAAUGACCUCCGUAUAUGAAU